AUGUUAGCUAGCGAUGCCUGGUACGUCGCAGAAUCGGAUUCGGAAGAUAUCGCAGAGAGAAUGCGUGAGGAUGAUCAGGACGACGUGAUCCCUGAAGAGGACAAUCCUCGGUGCCCUACGAUUCCCUUCCCGGCAAUGGAAAAGCAGCGCUAUCGACGUAAAUGGCGCUCAACCCUGAUUGUGAAAGUCCUGGGAUGUACGUUCCCAUUCCCAGUCCUGUCAAAGCGACUGGAAACAAUCUGGGGUAAACAUGGUGGCCUCCAAAUCUCAUGCCUCUCGCAUGGCUUCUAUGUGGUUUGUUUUACGAGCCAGUUCGACUAUGAACAAGCGGCUGCAGGAGGGCCAUGGUUAAUCGGGGGGCAUUACCUGACGGUGCGUCAUUGGAGGAAAGGGUUCAACCCUAGCUCGGCGGAAGUAGCUUCAACCCUAGCCUGGGUUCGCUUACCGGGUCUGCCUUUAGACUUCUUUGACAGCAAAGCGGUCAAGCGCAUUGCACAAAGGAUUGGAAAACCCUUUUCGAGUGGACCGCGCUACGCUGACAUGUGA